AUAGAAAAACUAAUACAAACUGCAUAAUUCUCCCAACAAAACAAACAAGCCCCAAUUUUAGAGCAAAAUCGAGAAACCCUAGAAAUGAUUAGCUCAGUGAUGAAGCAAGUCUCGACCAUCUUCAAUCGACCGAACGUAGCCCUAAAUCCACUAAAUUGGGAGCUGCAACAAUGGCGAGGCAUAAGAGUGAAGGUGAGGAACAACAACCUAGACCAAGCACUGUUUUUGAUGCAGAGGAAAAUGCAGUCUAGCGGAAUAGAACGGCUGAUUAAGCGCGAACAGCUGCACCACAUCAAGAACUCGGAGAAGCGUGUAUUGGCUCGUAAGAUCCUUGAACGUAAAAUCCGUUCUCAAGAACUCGCUCGGAAGCUCAAAUCCAUCCUUAUCAAAAAAGUUAGGGGUUUAUAAUGGAGGAUUCCUGCAGAGUUUGCUUCACCAACUAUCCCGACUUGGCAGGAUGGUUGCCACAAACAUCAUUUUCUUGCACCUCCCUAUGUGGGCUACACCUUUAAGAAUAACGUUUUCCUUUUAUUGAUUUUCUGUUAGAUUUCUCAUAUACUUGAUGUAGAAAUACGGCAGGUGUUAGUGGAGAAGAUCGUUGCUAGUUGCUGCACUAUUUUUUUUCUGGUUCUUCGGACUAAUGGUUAAUUUGAUAAAUUACUUUGCAAAGAGUGCUUAUGGGCUAUGGCAUACGGGAAAUGUAUGAAUGCCCAUAACGAUUCUUGGUUUAACAAAGCCAAAUCUGGCCAGGGACCCUUGAUGCCAAAAUUUACUAAAAGUGUUCUGUAUUUUCUUCCAGCCUUUAUGAUGGUGUUUUGCAGUAAAGGUCUAAUUUUUUUCAUGAAAAUGUAGUACAAUCAGCAACAUCAACAAGAGGAUGAACAUCAGUAUCAAUUAAAAGUAAGGUGGAGUACUGUGUGUCUUUAUGGAUUAAAUGCUAACAACCUUAAAUUGAACCCAUUAAACUUAUAUAUAAUCUUGCACUAGUACUGUGUGCCUUUGUGUGAAAUUUGUUAAAGGAGAUCAUAUUGUAGUUGUUAUUUAUC